AUGGGAAGAUUUGUCUCCAUAGCCCAGGAUGCCUGGGGAGUUUUUGUAUCUGAAAGGAAGUCCGGCUGGAAGUAUCUGAUGCAGCUUUUUGCAGUCUGCUGUGUAGUUGGCUUCUUUGCAAGCUUUCUCUUGUUCCUUGGCAUGCACUUCUCCCUGGAACACCACUCUCUGGGGCCCUUACUGGUUUCUGGAUCCAUCUGGAUCUUGCUUUCCAUUGCACUCUCCUGUUUCAGGCAGCUGCGCUGUUUCAGUGCCCUGUUCCUUCUUUCCUGUGGCCUGCAAAGCGGCAGGAAUGCUCUCAUCACUGCUGGCACAGGUGUGGUGGUGGCUGGCAACAUCCAAAACAUCUUUCACAACCUAAAGGUGCUGGCAGACAGCAUAACCUGUCAUUUGGAGUACGAGCAAUUUGCCUUGAUAAAGUAUUAUGUAGAGGUAGUAAAAUGGAUUUACAAGGCAGCCAGGCUUCCCCCUGAGCUCUCUGUGCUCCUCAGGGAUGAGUUCACACCAUCAUACUCCAUUGCAGAUGAUGCAUUAAAACAAGAGCUGAACAACACUAAACAAGAAAUCCAGAAAGUUGUGAACCAGGUGUCUUUUAUGCUGACUCUCCUGCCCUGGAUAGGCCAGAAAAUACUGCCUGUGGUUGGGAUUUUCCUAGCUUCUUUUGGGACUGGCCUCUUUAUCAAAAAGUUUGUGGGCCCUUACACUGCCAAAUUUAUGAAUAUUUACAUCACAAAACAGUUCAUUGCAUUUGAUGAGCACCAAAAGCAACAGCAAAGACCCUGUCUCCUGCCACUUAACAGAAAGGAAAGAAAAAAUUAUGUGACAGUCCCAUCUUUCUGCCUCACAAGGAAGGACAGGAAAAACAUGCAGUACUUUUUUCUCCCUGUAAUUGUUAAUCUUUGCAUCUGGCUUCUGUUUGCUGCAGUAGAUCGCUUGUUUUAUUGGUUAAUUAUUUCUGUGAAUAAACAUCUCCAAGAAGUUCCAGAUCUGGAGAUUCGAUUUGUCUUCUUUCAGCAAAAGAAUCAGAAUGGAUUUCUCUUUGGCAUGAGGGAGCACAUUGCAAAGACUGAUCCUUUCAAGAUCUCUUUGUUCAAGCACAACUGCAUCCCUCAGCCAGUACUCACUGCUUCCACAACGUGGAUCCAGCUCGGAGUAAUCAUCUUCUUCUUAAUCAUUUUUGGGUUAUUCUCUGGCCUGCUGACCCAGCUGAAGAUACUCAUCUCAGCUUCAUUUUAUCCUGACACUGAGAUGGAACGGAUACACUACUUGCAUGCAAAAUUACUGCGGAAGAGAGCAAAGCUGCAAGAGAAGCCUGGCAGGAAGGUGUUGGCUAGAAGGGUCUGCUUUUGGUUUCCAAUACUCAAGGCAAGAGAGGCAGUGAGGAAGAAAGGAAGGAGUGUGGCAAUGGACAACAUGGUAUGA